AAGGUCAUGGAUUUGUUCGGUCCAGAAAGACGAAGAGAGCCUGUUUACUGGCUUCGGUAUUGUCGAAGAUAGUCGGAAAGGCCAUUACUCUUGCAAGCACAGAGCGUUGAUUGUGCGCAAUGUCAGCGAAACGAGUCAAGAACCCUGGACUUCGUCGAGAGCGCAGAAGUGUUCCCGUUCCUAUUUUUGGUGCGGCCGCGCCAUUGAUCUCAGAAUCCGGCGCCAUGAUCGAUGCAGCUUGGAACGUUGAAUGGCUUGUACGCGUUGUGGGUGCCUUGGAAAUGCAACAUGUAACUCAGAAAGCAAACGCGUUACUGCCUUUCGAGGAUUUCUAUACACUGGUAAAAAAAGUGGGCCGAACAUGGAACCCCAGUGUCUCGACAAUAAUCCAGCAAUCCCCUACGCCCAGUCCUAAGAAGCUUUACGAAUAUUCCGAGCCAGAAAAAGUUUUGUAUGAUCUGGUUUGCGCUACCGACAACGUAUUGUACAAACUUGGUUUUGAGUUGUCUAGUGUAGCUCGAACCUGGGAAGCUGCUUCCGAUGAAAGGAUUUGGUGUUUGGAGCGGCUGAUGUUUGAUGGAAAUCGCCUGCAGGAGCUCCAUAAGCUUGCCACAAAGACUAAGAUAAGCAAGCUGACAAGUGACUCAGCGUCGCGUGCUAUUCUCCAGCAUCGCGAAGCGCAGCGAAUUAAGAACGAGCAGAGUGUCACGACCUUUCAUAGUGUUUCACAGCCCAAGCAGCUGGAUGCAGUUAUUCUAGCAGGAAUGUCGCUGGAAGAGCGAGUACGCGCUCGGGCGGAAGCGAAACAAGUAAACCAAGCCGCAGUACAAGGUGCCGCGGUCGCUGAUGACUCAAAAUCAGAUCGUGAAUGGUUGGUCCGAUUGGCCGACGCCUUAUGGGCGCAUUCACAAAACUUUUUUCAUAGUCACCUGCAUACUCCUCUUCUACUUAACAAGAGAAAGAAGGCCUCAAACUGCGUGAUGACACUCAAAGAUGCGGUGAAUCUUUUAAGUCUAUCCUCCGCAAAGAGCAGUGGUCUUAUCGGUCGCGGUGGAAGCCUUUCCAAGCGGCAAGUUAUGGAUGCCGUACAAGACAUGUGUCGGAUGGCACCGGACUGGAUUCACAUUUCCGAAGGCUCCAACGGCUUACUCUCGCCUGAUUCGACCGUUUGGAUAAAACCGGCUGACUUCGGUUCGGUACGAAUUCGACUUGCGGGUAGGAACGCGAACAAGCAGCCCGCUACAGAUUUACCCGAAACCACCAUAUCUACCACACCGAAUACAAGCAAUUGUUUCAAGGAUUCGACUGCUGCGAAACUGCCUGCAUACACUAAGCUUACAAAUUCCACCCCGCAUUCGUCUGUAGCCCAGGACGAAUUAAACGGUGAGCUAGUUGCCACCGACGUCAGACUCAAACGGCCGACUGAAUCGGUAGGUGAGAAACGAAUGAAUUCACAAGAGGCUGAAGGCUUUUCCCUGCACCCAGCCAAGAAGCGAAAGAUUCUACGCAUUAAUCCCAAUUUAAUCUUUACUGAUGCUGAUUAUGACGGAGGGGACGUUAUCGACACAUCUUCUUUCGAGAGUCCUCGCGGCCUGAAAUAUCUUUUUCUUCGCAUGAACGCUGGAGAACGGAUUUAAUCUAUAAAAAGCCCCUUUGUCGUCAA